UGUGUACUGCGCAGUCGCGGUGUCAUGUAAACAGCAGAGGUUCGUGAGCUAGCUAACCAGCUAAAUAGAUGUUACGGCGUUGAUACCGGCGAUAUUGUUCAAAUGUAGCUUUCAAUCAAUAUAUUUGUCUUUCUUCACCACACAUCGCAUUGUCUAGCAGGAUAAUCUGACCUGUGAGACCCUUAUCUACACCGAGGAUACCUCCUUUUGUUGUUUUGAUCAGUGAUUCGAGAAGGCUAACGUUACUGUAGCUAGCAAGUUAACGUUAGACAGCAUAGUUUGAGUCCUUGCAACGUUGAGCUUCAAAGCUCGAAUGUAAGGGCGGGUUUCUUUCUCUUACAUUGUUUACAUGUUAGCUAACUUUAGAUAGCUAUCAACCUAACGUGACCUAAUUGCUAGCUUAGUUAUAGUCUGUCAACUAUCGUUUUGCUAGCCAUGAUUUGACUUCGAAAACAGCAGGUAUACCAUUAUGAUAUUAUUGAGUUGGUGCUUUGACUGUUUGGCCGUUUCUAGCUAAACAGCUUAGCUGGUAAUAAAGUAGUUCAAAUGUCAUGUUUGGGUGAGGUUGCCAAGUGUCUGUCCCUUUGUUAGUUAGCUAUAUAUUCGACACGCUGGUUUCAUGGCACUUAAAAUACCAACAUAAUGUAUUUUAGCAGGCUUGUAACAACUGUGUGGGACACUCGCUAGAUCGCUAAUUAAUUAGCUUGCUGGGCCGUAAACGUAAUCAAACUGUGAGGAGCCUAGGCCGAAAACAGGGACUGUGAAAAACAACUCGUCACUGCAGCCUAACGUUAUAUUGCCCACGACACGUAACCAGCUGCAAGGCCUGUCAUUAGGACAAUACAAUCAAUACAUGUUAACUGAAAACAGGAAACGCCAGCGGAAUGGUGGGGAAGAGGAGAAUGGCCAGCUGGUGCCUAAGGCCAAAAGGUUGAGCAGAGGAGCUAAUCCCCUCUCUCCUGAGCUGGGCCUGGAUGCCUGGGACUCGGAGUUGUCCAACAGUGAGAGCAGAGGGAUUAGCAGUCCAGACCAUGCGGUGGGGAGCAGCAGCAGUAGCCAGUGUGCUGUGGACAGCCUCAGUGGGGCCCAACCCUACGCCCCUGGCCCAUGUAGUCCCCUCAGCUCGGCUCUCUCCUCAGAGCUAGCUGACCCCACUAACCUGGUCUCGUACCAUCAAAUCAACCGCAUCCUACGAGAGGCCCACUUUGAGAGUCUGCAGUGCCGAGGCCACCCCAGAGAUGCAUGAUGAUUUCCAGCCAUGCCUCUGGGGCAGGAGAGGACCGACCACAACCUGGGCAUGCCCGGAGCAUUACAUGGUGGAUCACUCACUCAGCUCUACUACCCCUCUACAUCUCCUGUUUCCAUAACAUCACAGCAGCUCUAUGCUGUCUGCAUAUCGUUGGAUGGAGACUAGCUAGUCCAGGCCUGCUGUAUUAUUGAAACUUGGCAAUCUGUUUAGAAUGUAAAAGAAACCUGUUCAUAUUGUUGGCAAUAAUAACUCUUUGAUCCAAUUGGGAAAAUCCUGACCUGUGACUCUUUUUUUUGUUGUUCCAGACCAGUCUGGGUUACAUGCUGCAUAGUACCAGUCUGGGUUACAUGCUGCAUAGUACCAGUCUGGGUUACAUGCUGCAUAGUACCAGUCUGGGUUACAUGCUGCAUAGUACCAGUCUGGGUUACAUGCUGCAUAGUACCAGUCUGGGUUACAUGCUGCAUAGUACCAGUCUGGGUUACAUGCUGCAUAGUACCAGUCUGGGUUACAUGCUGCAUAGUACCAGUCUGGGUUACAUGCUGCAUAGUACCAGUCUGGGUUACAUGCUGCAUAGUACCAGUCUGGGUUACAUGCUGCAUAGUACCAGUCUGGGUUUGUACCAUGUUUGAGAGUGAAAUUGGAGGGGCUGCAGGAACUUCGUGUCUGUACAGGGUUACUGGGGUUUAGGGUCUGUGUAGGGGUUACUGGGGUUUAGGGUCUGUGUAGGGGUUACUGGGGUUUAAGGUCUGUGUAGGGGUUACUGGGGUUUAGGGUCUGUCUAGGGGUUCCUGGGGUUUAGGGUCUGUGUAGGGGUUACUGGGUUUGGGUAGUCAUAUACUGAAUGAAAUCUGCACUAUGAAGGUUAUGGUGUACUGUAUGUGAAUCAAUAACAGUGAGGAUUUGUUUGCUUCCACACUUUACAGGGGGCUAACAAUCACCUACUUUAACUAUCCAGGGUUUUGUUUAUUGGGUACCAAAUGGACUGAAAAGGGGGAAUGCCUGAACUUGUCCAUAAAAAUCAUUUGUUUAAAUUUUAUUUCACGUUUUACUACAGUGUGUCCUACUGAACAGUGCCCUACUGAACAGGACCAAGGGUCAUAGUGCAACUUAAUCAGGAAAAUGUUCACCUACACCAGUAACGAAGAAGGGACCUUGGAUCUGACUGAGCUUGUAUAAAAAUGCACUGUAACCUCUGUUUUGUGACCUGUUUUUGUGGGGGUGCUUUGCACACAGCUUUACUACCCAAACACCUCUUAUCAAGAAUACCUUCCCUCAGCCCGGACUUGUUAACAGUGUGGUUGAAGCCACUGAAACUGGCCUAGCUGCAAAACAAACCCACUUGAAUCCAGCUGGAUGUUUACUGUGUGAUCCAGUCUGAAUCCAGCUGGAUGGUUACUGUGUGAUCCAGUCUGAAUCCAGCUGGCUGUUUACUGUGUGAUCCAGUCUCAAUCCAGCUGGAUGGUUACUGUAUGAUCCAGUCUGAAUCCAGCUGGAUGGUUACUGUAUGAUCCAGUCUGAAUCCAGCUGGAUGUUUACUUUGGGAUCCAGUCUGAAUCCAGAUGGAUGGUUGCUGUAUGAUCCAGUCUGAAUCCAGCUGGAUGGUUGCUGUAUAAUCCAGUCUGAAUCCAGCUGGAUGUUUACUUUGGGAUCCAGUCUGAAUCCAGCUGGAUGUUUACUGUAUGAUCCAGUCUGAAUCCAGCUGGAUGGUUGCUGUAUGAUCCAGUCUGAAUCCAGCUGGAUGUUUACUUUGGGAUCCAGUCUGAAUCCAGCUGGAUGUUUACUGUAUGAUCCAGUCUGAAUCCAGCUGGAUGGUUGAUGUAUGAUCCAGUCUGAAUCCAGCUGGAUGGUUGCUGUAUGAUCCAGUCUGAAUCCAGCUGGAUGUUUACUUUGGGAUCCAGUCUGAAUCCAGCUGGAUGUUUACUGUAUGAUCCAGUCUGAAUCCAGCUUGAUGGUUGCUGUAUGAUCCAGUCUCUGUGAACAUCCAGGUAUUUAAAGCACCGACCAUAAGGCUGUGUGUUUUCACAGGCCCCUUUCCCCCAAAGUUGGAUUUGCUGUCCUCUUCGUGGGGGAGGAGCACAACUGUCCCUCUUUCAGUCAAGACUAAGUUUAGUGUUAUAUCAGAAAAUAUGGUUUAUUUUUAUCAUUAUUUUUUUGUAUUAAGAAUUUCUACAUGACAUCUUACCUGCCAUUGAAAUUUUGGAUUUGAUUUAGUUUUUUUAAUUCACCUACAUUUGAAAAUAAAGAUGUUUUGAAACAGG